CAAUGAGACUGGAUGAAAAAACUCAAUCUAACAGUGCUGGACGAGUUCAUCCUCCUGGGGAUCACAGACCGCCCUGAGCUGCAGGCCCCCUUAUUUGGGCUCUUCCUCACCAUCUAUGCAAUCUCAGUGCUGGGCAACUUGGGCCUGAUCAUCCUCACCAAGGUGGACCCCAGGCUCCAGACUCCCAUGUACUUCUUCCUCAGACACCUGGCUCUCACUGACCUCGGUUAUUCAACAGCUGUGGCACCCAAAAUGUUGGUAAAUUUUCUAGCUAAUCAUCACACAAUUCCCUAUAACUGGUGUGCUGCACAGUUAGCUUUCCUCAAUAUGUUCAUCAUUAAUGAACUAUUCAUUCUGUCGGCAAUGGCCUAUGAUCGCUACGUGGCCAUCUGUAACCCUCUGCUCUACAUGGUCAUCAUGUCACAAAGAGUAUGCUGGGUGCUUGUAGUGGUCCCCCACCUCUUUAGCACAUUCGAUUCUCUUCUAGUCACUGUAAAGAUUUUUAUUUCAUCCUUCUGUGGCUAUAAUGUCAUUAAUCACUUCUACUGUGACAGUCUCCCCUUGUUAACUUUGCUGUGCUCAAGCACACGGGAAAUUGAGUUGAUAAUACUGAUCAUUUCAGCAUUUAACUUGGUUUCAUCUCUUCUGAUAGUCCUCGUGUCCUACACACUGAUCCUUUUGGCUGUCCUCAGGAUGCACUCCGCAGAGGGCAGGCACAAGGCCUUCUCCACCUGUGGGUCCCACCUGAUGGUGGUAGUGAUAUUUUACGCGACUCUGUCCUUCAUGUACGUGCAGCCCAAAUCCAGUCAUUCCUUUGACACUGAUAAAAUGGCCUCUGUAUUUUACACCUUGAUAAUACCUAUGCUGAACCCCAUGAUCUACAGCUUUAGGAACAAAGAGGUAAAAGGGGCUGUGCGUAGGAUAUGGAAAAAUCUGUGCAAAAUCCCCAUAUAA